UGUUGGGGGCGUGUACAAAUCUUGCGAUGUAAACAAGAACGCAAAAGACAGGUCUAACAGUGUUCACACCACCACGGGCAUUUCUAGAGCGUCACAUCCCGCAUCAAGCAUUAGUUGAUUCUGGCUAACAGCUAUGAACCUCCCCGUCACUGUCAAAGUGAACUUUAGGGGCAACGUGAAGAAAUUUCCAGUCUUGGACACGAACAAAGCACAGUGGGAGACUGUGGAGGCCUGGAUAAAAACUACAUUCGGCCUGAUCCAUUUUCAAGUGAAAUAUUUUGACGAGGACAACGAGGAGGUGUGCAUAAACUGUCAAGAUGAAUAUACAGAAGCUCUAAAGACUGCAUUUAAGCAGGCCAACCAGCUACACAUGAAUGUCUAUAAGAUGAAGGGUCAGGCGGAGGGUGGUGCAGUGAAGGCAGAGCUGAAAGAACUAAAGAUAGAUCCUAGACCAGCUCCGCCGUAUCGAGCAAGGGUCAAGAUGGCAGACAAGGAGACCCAGGUGACCCCCGAGCGGGACUCGGUUGUGGCCAAAGAAAACAAAGGGAUGAAAACCGAUGAGGAAGCAGUACCAGCAUGGUUUAAAUCCUACAUGGACAGGUUCAAAGAUCAGGUUGUAAGGGAGGUGGUGGACAGGAUGUGUAGUGAGUUUUCUGCCCAGUGUUGCACACACAGAGCCUCAGAUCCUCCUGCAGAGGAACCGAGCACCUCUGGCACACAGAAAGCUACAAGCUCCACCACACUAAGGGCCUCUAGUUCAACUCUAAAUUGCAGUAGUUGCAAAGGACCAGCCACUGGAGGAGGAUAUCAGUGCAGCGUUUGUCCAUCAUGCAUCUUAUGUGAGCCAUGUAGUCAUAAACACGAUCCCAGCCACAACCUAAAGAGAACAAGGACUCCUUUGUCUGUUCCUGAACGUGGAGUCACUCCGGAACCCAGGUUUCUGAGGCGGGGUGACAGGACGGUGCGUAAGGCAGAGAGACAGCGGCUGAAAGCUGAGCGGAGGCAGCUGAAGGCCGAGGUGAAGGAGAUCAAGAAGAAGCUGAGGCUGGAGAAGAGAGGUCUGCUGUGGAGUGGAGCCUCCAAUGGGACCGGCAGCUCAGGCCUUGCCCCCGCUCCCGCCACAUCUCUAGGCCCAGGACCAGCCCCAGCUCCGGCCCUGUGCCCAGACCCUCAAACAUCCAGUCCAGACUUCAAGAAAAAGACAGACACUGAACAAAGCUGUUCUGACGAUCCUCUGUGCACUCAAACCAGGGGUCCCAAGGUCUCCUGCUCCACCUUGGUGCCCACAAUGACUGCCUUGUUUCUGGAUGAGAAUCUACCAGAUGGCACUUGUCUGGAGCCAGGCACCAAGUUCAUCAAGUACUGGAAGAUGAGGAACACUGGCAACAUCAGCUGGACUUCGGAUACCAAGUUGAAGUUUAUGUGGGGCAACCUGACCCUGGGCUCACGGGAGCAAAAAGAAGUCGCGGUGCCCUUUCUGCAGCCAGGUCAGAUUGGUGUGGUGAGUGUGGCAUUUGUGGCGCCUCUGCUGGAAGGCACCUACACAUCUCACUGGCGCCUGGCACACUGCGGGGUGCAGUUUGGGCCCAGAGUGUGGUGCAGCAUUAUAGUGAUGGCAAAUGCAGAGCGGAAACCCACCCAUUGCAGCAAAUCACUGAGGACCGAUCUUUGUCUUAUGAGGAAAGAUGGCGUGUUCUGGUCAGGCACCAGAGAUUGUGAGGUGUCUACCAGAUCUCGGAGAGAAUACUACAUCCCCUCUGUGGACUUAUUGACGGCACAGGAUCUGUUGUCUUUUGAGUUACUGGAUAUAAACAUUGUGCAAGAAUUGGAGAAAGUCCCAGCCAACACUCCAGCUGAUAUGACCCCCUGCGUAUCUUCACCGCUUCAUCAUGGACCCUUGUUUGGAAAGCCUGGCACAGGGCUAAGCAAAGUUGAGGCUGCACAUUCAGGCAGGAAAAAAAGUCAAGUGUUGCAGCCUCCGAGACAGAAUGAACUUCUGGACAUUCCCGGCAAUGAGGAAGGAGAUGAAGACAUCAGUGGGACCCAGUUUGUGUGCGAGACUGUGAUUCGUUCUCUUACUCUUGAGGAACCAGAGCGCAAGCCUAAACGCAGGGCUUGGCCCAACCUGAAGAGGCAUGAUGUUCACGACACUGCUAGAUUUCAGGAGAGAUCAUUACUGGUGAAGAACGACAGACCUUUGACAAUCAUAAACAGCCCUGAGGCUCCAGUCCCAGUGCCAAAGCCAGUUAAAACAGAGGAAACUGUCAUGCCAGUCUUUUCGGAAGCAUUGAUUGGCUCAAAUGAAAACCUCUAUACCGACCCCGCUGCACAGGAUGAGAAUGAAGAGGAAGUGGAACAAAAGGGAAGUGAAAAUGAUCAAGAAAAAGACGAAGAAGCAGGAGAGUGGGAUGAGGUGAGCAGUCAGGUGUCCUCUGCCUCAUCAGAGGACUACAUUGUCAUCCUGCCUGACUGCUUCGAUACUUCCAGGCCCCUGGGAGAAUCGAUGUAUAGCUCAGCAAUGUCCCAGCCUGCAGUCCCUCUUGCCAAAGAGCCAGAGGCACCGCAAAUCCCAAGCAAGGCUGAAGGAGAGAACGAGGAGCCCAUCCCUGUUCCAGCUCUUCAAAACAGCCUGAACCAGAUGCUCUGCACCUCUCAGAUACUGGACACUCCUCCACUAAUUCCAGAGACAGUUCCUUCGCCCAUAGCUCUAUCGCCACCCCCAUCUCUUCGAACCCACAGAUCAGUGAGAUCUCAUGAUCUUGAGUCAGGACCAGGGGCCUCUGAAGACAACACCUCAUAUCAACUUGACGAUGACUCAAGUGGUUGCAGAUCAGCUCAUUUAGAGGCCCCUGUUAGUGCCUUUGAGACCUGCGGCUCCCAGGAUCUCAGGGCACAUCAUGGUGGUCUGACAGAGGGGCUGGUGAAGGGAGCGCUCUCUGUGGCUGCCUCUGCUUAUAAAGCACUCUUUACAGGCCAGAACACACCUGCACAGCGGCCUGCUGUUGACCCAGCCUGUGAGGAUGCCUCCAUGAUGGCUGUAUUACAGGAGAUGGGUUUCAGUAACAAGCCGCUCAAUCAGAGGUUGCUGAGGAAGCAUAACUAUAAUUUGCUUGAUGUGGUCAACGAGCUGGUGCAGUUGACCGACAGCGAAUGGCACAUCUCUAGACACUAGGAAGCACAGCGCAACCUCAAUAAAGUAUACGAAUUGUAAAUGAUUUCAUCAUGUUGCAGCAUUCUGUCAGAACGGGAGUGAGGUGAUGGUAAAAUAUUGAAAUGAUCUCUGAUGUUCUUUUGUUAGAGAAAUAGUUUGGACUCUAGAAAAAAAGAGAAAUGUAUCACUAUAACAGACCAUAGCUGCAAUGAUGCAAUUACUUGAUUGUACAAUUUUAGUUUCAUGUUUAUAUAGGACAUUAUGAAUGAGGAAACAACAAAGUUUAAUAAGCAGUCUUAAUGCUUUCUUUCUUCGGUGUGUGUGCCCAACUUACACGUACAGACUGCUGUUAGUUACGCUUCAGGUAUAUUUUGUACUGCUUGAUUAGAUACAAGGAUAAAUUGGAGACAAUGUCUAGAGCACUUUGGAUGCCUCUCAGAGGAAAGAUAUAAAAAGAAAAGCCUGUAUUGAUUUUUUUUUUUUUUUGUCACAGUGACCUCUAUAUUUGUAUAUCUUAUUUUAAAUCACACUAAUUCAUAUGGCACACUAAGGUGUUGGGCUGCCAAACAUAGGAAUGUGCAAUGAGUGUUUUAGUCAUGCUUGAUUGAGUCAUAGUGAUUGAUUGGUCAAAGUUUUUGCUAGGCACCAGUUUUGGUCAUUUUUUUUAUGUGCAAUGUGUUACUAUGAACUGAAGGCUUAUCAACAUGCCGUUUUGUGUCCAGCAUAGUGAAUUAAAAAAAAACAUUCCAUUUA